CUCGGGAGUCUAUGUGCCUUGAAGUUUGCUAAGCUGGUGGCUUGUUACCAAAAGAAAGAAAGAAUGUGGCAGAUUGUUUUCUUUACUUUGAGCUGUGAUCUUGUCUUAGCCGCAGCCUAUAACAACUUUCGGAAAAGCAUGGACAGCAUAGGGAAGAGACAGUAUCAGGUUCAGCACGGUUCUUGCAGCUACACUUUCCUCCUGCCGGAGACAGACAACUGCCGCUCUCCUUCCAGCUCCUACGUGCCGAACGCUGUGCAGAGGGACGCACCACUAGACUAUGACGACUCUGUGCAGAGACUACAAGUGCUGGAGAACAUCAUGGAAAACAACACUCAGUGGCUAAUGAAGCUUGAGAAUUAUAUCCAGGACAACAUGAAGAAAGAAAUGGUAGAGAUGCAACAGAAUGCAGUACAGAACCAGACGGCUGUGAUGAUAGAAAUAGGAACGAACCUACUAAAUCAAACCGCAGAGCAAACACGGAAGUUAACUGAUGUUGAAGCCCAAGUAUUAAAUCAGACGACAAGGCUCGAACUUCAGCUUCUGGAACAUUCCCUUUCUACAAACAAAUUGGAAAAACAGAUUUUGGAUCAGACCAGUGAAAUAAACAAAUUGCAAGAUAAGAACAGUUUCUUGGAAAAGAAAGUACUAGAUAUGGAAGACAAGCACAUAGUUCAACUUCAGUCAAUAAAAGAAGAGAAAGAUCAGCUCCAGGUGUUAGUAUCCAAGCAAAAUUCCAUCAUUGAAGAACUAGAAAAACAAUUAGUGACGGCCACGGUGAAUAAUUCAGUUCUCCAAAAGCAGCAGCAUGAUCUGAUGGAGACAGUUCAUAAUUUAUUGACUAUGAUAUCGACAUCAAACUCUAAGAACUCCUUUGCUGCUAAGGAAGAACGGAUCAUCUUCAGAGACUGUGCGGAAGCAUUCAAAUCAGGACUAACGACCAACGGCAUCUACAAGCUAACAUUCCCUAACUCCACGGAGGAGAUAAAGGCUUACUGCGACAUGGAAACCGGUGGAGGCGGGUGGACAAUUAUUCAGCGACGUGAAGAUGGCAGUGUUGAUUUUCAGAGGACGUGGAAGGAAUAUAAAGUGGGAUUUGGGAACCCUUCAGGCGAAUACUGGCUGGGAAAUGAGUUUGUUUCACAAGUGACUAAUCAGCAACGCUACGUGCUUAAAAUACACCUUAAAGACUGGGAAGGGAAUGAGGCUUACUCACUGUAUGAACACUUCUAUCUCUCAAGUGAAGAAUUCAAUUACAGGAUUCACCUUAAAGGACUUACAGGGACAGCCGGCAAAAUAAGCAGCAUAAGCCAACCAGGAAAUGAUUUUAGCACAAAGGAUGCAGACAACGACAAAUGUAUUUGCAAAUGCUCACAAAUGCUCACAGGAGGCUGGUGGUUUGAUGCAUGUGGUCCUUCCAACUUGAACGGAAUGUACUACCCACAGAGGCAGAACACAAAUAAAUUCAACGGGAUUAAGUGGUACUAUUGGAAGGGGUCGGGCUACUCGCUCAAGGCCACCACCAUGAUGAUCCGACCAGCAGAUUUUUAAAUGCCGCACACACCUAAAGAAGGGUGUAUUGUACUGUUUUCAAAGACGUAACCCCAAAGCUCUAAAAGACACAGCUGCAUACUGUCUCCUCUUCCACCUCAGACAGAGGCAUGCUCUCGGGUGCAGAAGGGGUCCAUGUGCUCCAGGUUAGAGCCUGUAAACUUCAUCACUUAAACCUGCACCACUGUACGAACCAAAGCUCAACCCAGAACAAGCAACAACCUGGUAUUGUGACCUGGUAGAAGGCCUGGGCAAAGAUAAAUCCAAGCUUGCGAAUAAGACUGACAAUUUACAGACUCUUGUCAAAACAAAGAAUGUUAUGUGCGAGCUCAUCAGUAAAUAACUGGAAAACAGAACACUUAUGCUAUAUAGUAGAGAUAAUCUUGGAACUGCAUUCUUCUAAGCACUGUUUAUAGAUUGUGUAAAUAUCCAUAUGUCCUGAAUUCAGCAUCACUAUCAUAAUUAAAAGGAAGAAAAAAACUCUCUA